CAACCUCAGAGCCGAGAUGGAGCUGGUCAGCGGGCUGCUGCUCGUCAAGAAGCCUGUUCCCCUGCGCAGCAGCUCGGUGGCGGUGUUGAUCCGAGGCUUCGUGGCUGACGUGAGCUGCGAGCUGCUCUACAGGAACGAGGAGCCGGGGCCCGUGGAGGUCGUGUUUAAGUUCCCCGUGGAUGCCGAGGCAGCUGUCUACGCCUUCCAGGCCCGUCUUGGGGGGGCCUGCAUCCAGGCCCAGCUCCACAAGAAGAAACAGGCGCAGGAGGUGUAUGGGGACGCGCUGGCCGGGGGGCAGAGCUCGUUCCUGCUGCAGCAGGAGGGGAUCAGGGGCGAUGUGUUCAGCUGCUCCCUGGGGAAUCUGCCCCCCGGGGAGGAGGCGGUGCUGACCCUGCGCUAUGUCUGCGAGCUGCUGCUGGAGCCUGACGGGGCCGCCCGCUACGUGCUGCCGACCGUGCUGCGCCCCCGCUACACGCCCUCCGGGUGGAAUGGGGAGGACGUCACCCAGGGGAUCCCGCGGGUCCCCCAGGGGAAGCUGCCCUACACCCUGAGCCUGAGUGCCACGCUGCAGUCGCCCCACGGCAUCGACCGCGUGUUCUCCAACUGCCCCCUCACUCCCCUGAGCUAUACGGCCGGGAACCGAACCACUGCCCAGGUGUCGCUGGCCCAGGCCCCACCAUGGGACCGGGACGUGGAGCUGCUGGUCUAUUAUGUGGAGCCACACAAACCCAGCGCAGUGCUGGAGGCCGGGCUGCCUGGAGCCAAGCCAGGCUCCCUGAUGGGCGACCCGGCCGUGAUGGUGACCCUGCUGCCCAGCGUGCCCGAGGCGUUGCCAGCCCAGAGCCGGGCCGGGGAGUUCAUCUUCCUGCUGGACCGCUCCGGCAGCAUGGCGUGCCCCAUGGACGGCAGAGUCCGCUCCCGCCAGCGCAUCAACAUCGCCAAGGAGACCCUGGUCCUGCUGUUGAAGAGUUUGCCUCUGGGCUGUUAUUUCAACAUCUACGGCUUUGGGUCUGAGUUUGAGUCCUUCUACCCGCAGAGCGUGGAAUAUACCCAGCAGACCAUGUCCGAGUCCCUGCAGCGCAUCCAGCUGCUCCAGGCUAACCUGGGGGGCACCAAAAUCUUGGAGCCACUACGAGCCAUUUACCGCAGCCCCUGCUGGGACGGCCACCCACGCCAGCUGUUCGUGUUUACGGAUGGGGAGGUAGGGAACACCCAGGAUAUCAUCGCAGAGGUGCAGCGUCACCGGGGGACCCACAGGUGCUUCUCCUUCGGCAUCGGGGCCGGGGCCUCCACAGCUCUGAUAAAAGGCAUCGCCCGGGCAGCAGAGGGCAGCGCCGAGUUCAUCACUAGUCAGGACCGCAUGCAGCCCAAGGUGCUGCAGUCUCUGAAGCGGGCCCUGCAACCGGCGGUGACCGGGAUCUCGCUGAGCUGGGAUCUGCCCCCUGGGAUGCAGGCGGAGCUGCUGCGCCGUGGCCCCAAGGUGAUCUUCGAUGGGCAGCGGUGCCUCGUCUACGCCCAGCUCCGUGGGCAGCCCCAGCCCCCAGACACUCCCAUGGGGGGUGUCACCCUGCAGUACCGCAUCCAGGACCAGACCUACAAGGAGACGCUGCAGUUCCCCCUGCAGCCACAGGAUGGAGACAGGCUGCCCGUUCACCGGCUGGCAGCCAAGUCGCUGCUGCUGGAGCUGGAGGGGACCAUGGGGGCCGGGUCAGAGGGGGACCGGCACCGGGCACUGGAGGCCAGCCUAAGCUCGGGGGUCAUCUGCUCCCUCACGGCUUACGUGGGGGUGGACACGGAGCGGGGGCAGCCGGUGCAGGGGCCGCUGGUGAGACGGGACGUCCCGCUGGCAGAUUUCAUCAUCGACUAUAUGGAGGUGAAUGACUGCGUCUCGAUAGGACAGGUCUCAAUAGACCAUAUUUGCGAGCGGCCGGCGAGCAUAGUGCGCAUAGACGAACCGAACCACCGCAGCAUCUUCGGGCGCCUGUCCCGUGCAUUGCGUGUGGCACGGCGGGAACCGGAGGAGUCUCCCUUGCUGAGGCUGGUGUCUCUGCAAAAUGCCGAUGGCUCGUGGGACCUGGACCCCCGGCUGGCUGCCGUGCUGGGGGUGAACGAGACCGACACCAGGAGGAUGAUACCCAGUGAGGACGUGACCCCCAGCGUCUGGGCCACGGUGCUGGCCGUGGUCUGGCUGCACACCCGGGCCGUGGGGCAGCGCGACGAGUGGGAGCUGCUGGAGGCCAAGGCUGUGGGCUGGGUGCGGGACCGAGCAGGGGCCCCGCUGAGCAAGUGCCUGGAAGCCGCCAACGCCCUGCUGGGCUGUAGCGUUAGCCCUGCUGUCUUCGGGCUCUGAGCCUCCCCGGGAUCCCCAUGCCCGCUCCCCAAACUACCCUGGGCAUUCAACCGGGAGCCCUGAGGGCCAACAGUGGGCACUGGAUGCAGACCCACAUGGCCGCCCUGUGCCCAACCCGGAGCAACCCCCCAGCUGGGAUCCCACCACUGCCACCAAUUCGGAUGCAUCUGCCUCCCGCUGGCUGAAGAGGAGCCAUGGCUGCCCCCCGGCUCCACCCCACACUGACCCACUGUUCAGUGACCCUCAUGCUGCUCACAGCCGCUGCCUCCUCUCAGCAUUGUGGGGGAGUCCUCAGGAUCGCCUGCGUCAAUGUUGCAAAUUUCUUUGCUUUUUCAAAAUGACUGAAGGGUCCCUCUAUAAACAGACCCUUUGCCCCACCCCAGAGGUGGCUGCACUGACCUCACCCUGCAUGAGCCAUCCAGUGUAAACCUAGUCACAUCUAUGCGGAAUUCAGCUAUUGGACAGACAGACAGACCAACAGGAUCUUUGCUUGUCCAGACAUGACCUCAUUUUGUCAUAAUGGCAGAUUUCUCUUUGCUAGACAAUCCUGAACGCAAACAGGAGCGCAGUGAUUCACAUAAUUCUUCAUUUCCUCUCUGUCUAGGUCUGGACUAGAGCUGGUCAGACAUUUUCUAGAUGAACAGUGUUGUGUUGGCAAAUGCGAUUCCAUGGUGAAGGCUGAAAGGUGGAAGCAGGCAGCAGAUGGAGGAAGCUUGUGCCAUGCUGCAUGUUGUGAAUCUGUCCCCAUUCACCAGCUGCUGAAUUCUCUACCACAGAAGAAAUGCUUAAAAACCUGAUUAUCCAUCUUGACGGUUAAUGCUCAUGCUGUGUCCAUCCUGGGCAGCACCGGGCCCUCCUCAGGACAUCCUGGGACUCAAGCAAACGAUGAAAGACAUCAGCUGGUUUAUUCCCUGGAAAGAAAGUGCUAUUUUUAUCAAGAAACUGCAGGAACAUAACGAAGAAGCAAACAGUGUUCCCACUUCAUGUUAACCAGCACUGACCCCCUUGGAACAGCUUUCACCCUAUGACUCUGUGCUGGGUCACGUCCCUAUUUCAGCCUUUCUGUGUCUGAGAAGGCAACUCAACAAAUUCAAUUUACAGCACCUGGAGUCCAAUCACAGCUACCUGCCCCGCAUUGCGCAGAGACUCUAGGGAAGGAUUAAGAUACCAGGUAAUUGAUUAAUUGCCUUAAGCCCUGACGGAAUGCCGCCCUGGGACUGAGAUUUCCCCAAAGGCCAGAUAGAAUUCGGAGAUCCUAAUUCUCACUUCCCGCUAUGAAUAGUGGAACUUCGAUACCAGCGGUGAUAUCCUGGUCCCAUUGAAAUCAAAGGGUGUUUUGUCUUCGACUUCAGCGGGCACAGAAUUUCAGCCCAUAUUACUAGGCUUUUGCAAAUUUAACCCUGUGGCUGGGAUUUUGGAAGACGUGGUUGAGGCACCCAGUUCCAGGGGAUUUGGCCUCUUUGAAAAUUCCAACCUACUAUCCUGUUCCAAACCCACUGAAGUCAGAGAAAAGGCUCUUUCAGAGAGAGCUGGGGAACCAGCUUCCAUUGAAAACUCCAGCCGGAGUGAGUCUUUCCAAUGGUCUUCAGAUAAACUCCGUUGGUAGAAGCUGAUUGCCUAGCUCCCUUCGGCGCCUUUGGAUAUCCCAGUUUCCAGCUGACUCCAGUGGACUUUGAAGCAUGCCCAGUAUGGAUACCUGAGCCUUUAGCUAGAUAGAAAAUCCACACACAGAAUAACAAAAUCAUAUGAUCGUCUGUACUCACAGGUAUGUGGCCAUAAACAGCCUCACGUACUAUAGCCCACCCAGUAAUGUAUGAACCCUCCAGCCUGUAAUGUCCUGUCUGUGCCCAUCUGUUCCCAUCUAGUCCUGGGUCCUAGGUUCUCUCCUUGGUUCUGGCUGGGCUUUGCAUGCUAGCGACUAGAGCAGGGGACUGGCCCAUUGCGUUCCCGGGUUCUGUUUUGGUUCCUGGAAGCAAAUGUGGCCUAGUGGGUCGAGCAGGGGGGACUGGGAUUCAGGACUGCGGUAAAAGUGUCACAAAGAAACCAUAAUAAAGACAAUUAACAGAUGUAAACACACUGAGCAUAGCAGGUGUCACCCAUCGGUCUUACAGGGCCCCAGCAGGUCAGAGUCUUUCCAGUCUUCUGCCAGCCCAGAAGGUCCUGUCCAUUCGAUGGGUCCAAGUCAGUUCAAACUCAUCCUUUCAGAGCAAAAGUCCUUUCUUUGUUUCCUGGUUUCUGGAAAAGCCAGCCUGACCCAGUCUGCAAACACCCUCUUCUCCCCCCACCCCCCGAGGGGUGGAACUUCUCUGGAGUGGAUCAGUCUCCGGGGGAGGGGGGGGGGAAGGUCUACACUGCAUUAUAAACCCGGGCUUGUGGACUCGGUGUUUCCAAGUCCGUGCUUGAGUGUCCACACUGCAUUGGAAGCCUGAGUUUACAAUGCUGGACCUGGGUCUCUCAGCCUCGCUAACAUGUCCAUACUGCACUGUGCAGACCUUCUGACUUGGGUCUGCGGAUUGACCCGCGUCCACACUGCACAAUGACAGGGCUUGGACCAGAGUCUCAGCAAGACUUGGGCUCUGACCCAUCCCCCUAGCAGCAUACUAGGACCCAGGCCCAGAGUGUUUGCUCCACUGAGUCAGACUGACCUGUGUGCAUGCAGAAAGGGGCCUUGGGCUCAGACGUGAGUCAGAGCCCGGGCAUAGGGUGCAGUGUAGACAUAGAUGGUGAGUUGCUUUGCUUUACUCCCCCCGCCCCAUUUUUGGUUCCUGGAGGAGCUGGUGUAACCCUCCCCCCCUGGAGUUAUGUACAAUUCCUGGCCCACAGCGAUACAUAAACUUAAUACAGUGUGGACCCCAAAAUAUUGAUGGGGUGCGAUAUCUAAGACUGGCCUGCAGAGAGCAUCCCAGUGAUGCACUGGAUUGGGGAACAUGGGUGCUGGGUUCAAUUCUCAGCUCUAUCACCGAAUCAUAGCGUGACCUUGGGUAAGUCACUUCAUUGCUUUGUGCCUCCGUUUCCCCUUUGGAAAAUAGGGAUGAUGAUGAUGAUAAUAUUCCCACUUCCAGAGGUGCUAUGAGAAUAACUCGAAAAGUACUUGGGAGUCAAAUACAACAGUGCUGGGUGCAGUAUAAUACCUAGAUACAUGAAGAGUAACAUCUUGGUCAGUUACUGAACCAGAAAUAGUUAUGAACAAGAAACUUCACUUAUCAAAUGUAUAUUUCACAACUCCUCUUGGAAUAAAUAAUUUAAUCUUUGAGUCAGCUAGAGUAAACCUAGACCAUCCCUGACAGGUGUUUGUCCAACUUGGUUUUAAAAACCUCCAGUGAUGGGGAUUCCACAACCUCCCUUGGAAGCCUGUUCCAGAGCUCAACUACCCUGAGAGUUAGAAAGUUUUUCCUGAUAUCUAACCUGAAUCUCCCUGCUGCAGAUUAAGCCCAUUGCUUCAUCUCUUACCUUCAGUGGAAAUGGAGAACAAUGGAUCCCUGUCCUCUUUAGAACAGCCCUUAACUUAUUGGAAGACUGUUAUCAGGUCCCCCUCAGUCUUCUUUUCUCAAGACUAAACAUGCCCAAUUUUUUAACCUUUCCUCACAGAUCAGGUUUUCUAACUCUUUGAUCAUUUUUGUUACUCUCCUCUGGACUCUCUCCAAUUUGUCCACAUCUUUCCUAAAGUGUGGUGCCAAUAACCGGACACAGUACCCCAGCUGAGGCCUCACCAGGGCCGAGUAGAGCAGGACAGUUACCUCCCGUGUCUUACAUACAAAACUCCUGUUAAUACACCCCAGAAUGAGAUUAGUGCUAGGGCCUGUGUUAUACAUGAGGGAAGAUGAGAUGGUCACAAAGUUUCCAAGGCCAGAAGAGAUCAAUGAGUCAUCCCCUCCCAUCCAGUUAUAGAAUAGAAUCAUAGAAUAUCAGGAUUGGAAGGGACCUCAGGAGGUCAUCUAGUCCAACCCCCUGCUCAAAGCAGGACCAAUCCCCAACUAAAUCAUCCCAGCCAGGGCUUUGUCAAGCCUGACCUUAAAAACCUCUAAGGAUGGAGAUUCCACCAGCUCCCUAGGUAACCCAUUCCAGUGCUUCACCACCCUCCUAGUGAACAAGUUUUUCCUAAUAUCCAGCCUAAACCUCCCCCACUGCAACUUGAGACCAUUACUCCUUUUUCUGUCAUCUGGUACCACUGAGAACAGUCUAGAUCCAUCCUCUUUGGAACCCCCUUUCAGGUAAUUGAAAGCAGCUAUCAAAUCCCCCCUCAUUCUUCUCUUCUGCAGACUAAACAAUCCCAGUUCCCUCAGCCUCUCCUCAUAAGUCAUGUGUUCCAGUCCCCUAAUCAUUUUUGUUGCCCUCCGCUGGACGCUUUCCAAUUUUUCCACAUCCUUCUUGUAGUGUGGGGCCCAGAACUGGACACAGUACUCCAGAUGAGGCCUCACCAAUGUUGAAUAGAGGGGAACAAUCACGUCACUCGAUCUGCUGGCAGUGCCCCUACUUAUACAGCCCAAAAUGCCGUUAGCCUUCUUGGCAACAAGGGCACACUGUUGACUCAUAUCCAGCUUCUCGUCCACUGUAACCCCUAGGUCCUUUUCUGCAGAACUGCUUCCUAGCCACUCGGUCCCUAGUCUGUAGCAAUGCAUGGGAUUCUUCCGUUGUAAGUGCAGGACUCUGCACUUGUCUUUGUUGAACCACAUCAGAUUUAUUUUGGCCCAAUCCUCUACUUUGUCUAGAUCCCUUUGUAUCCUAUCCCUACCCUCCAGCGUAUCUACCACUCCUCUCAGUUUAGUGUCCUCUGCAAACUUGCUGAGGGUGCAGUCCAUGCCACUCUCCAGAUCAUUAAUGCUGCUAUAAUGGUGCUUCCUUCUCAUUCAUUAUCCUUUGCUGCCCUCGGGUGACUGCAUGAAGCAACCAGAAUUUCAUUGACAUCUGCCGUAUUCGCCAUCUUUUCUCUUUACUGCUUCGCUUCCAAGGGUAAGCAUCAAGGGCUGGUUGGGGCACUUGGACUGUGGAUGGGAUCGCAGAGCCCCAGGCACCUGUUAGGAUACAGAUAUUCAGGCCUGUCUGUAAAGGCCUAUACUUUAAGAAUUUAGGUGUAUUCUUAUCACUUAGGAUAUGUCUACACUACGAAAUUAGGUCGAAUUUAUAGAAGCCGGUUUUAUAGAUAUCGGUUUUAUACAGUCGAUUGUGUGUGUCCCCACAUAAAAUGCUCUAAGUGCAUUAAGUCGGCGGACCGCGUCCACAGUGCCGAGGCUAGCGUCGACUUCCGGAGCGUUGCACUGUGGUUAGCUAUGCCACAGUUCCCGCAGUCUCCGCCGCCCAUUGGAAUUCUGGGUUGAGAUCCCAAUGCCUGAUGAUGCAAAAACAGUGUCGCGGGGGGUUCUGGGUACAUGCCAUCAGGCCCCUCCCCCUCCGUCAGAGCAACGGCAGACAAUCGAUUCGCGCCUUUUUACCUGGGUUACCUGUGCAGACAACAUACCACGGCAAGCAUGGAGCCCGCUCAGUUCACCGUCACCAUAUGUCAUCUGGGUGCCGGCAGACGUGGUACUGCAUUGCUACACAGCAGCAGCUAAUUGCCUUUUGGCAGUAGACGGUGCAGUAUGACUGGUAGUCGUCAUCGGCUGUCUGGGUGCCGGCAGACGUGGAGCUGCAUUGCUACACAGCAGCAGCUAAUUGCCUUUUGGCAGUGGAUGGUGUAUUACGAUUGAUAUCCGUCAUCGUCAUAUUCCUCAGUGAGUUCAAUCAGAGGCACCCGGGAAACUUCUUCAGCAGAUUCCUCUGAGAAAUACUGAAUCAAACUUUCCACUCUGGGCAUCUGAUUCUUCAUUUUGUCUCCUGGAGACCCGGCAGUCCUAUUGAACCGUCUUGACGAUGAUGGCUAGCAGUCGUAGUACAGCAUUUUCUGCCAAGCACACAGAAGAUGCUGAUGGCUAUCAGUCAUGCUGCACUGUCUGCUCCCAGCUUAAGAUGUAAAAAAUAGAUGGACCCUAUUUGUUCUGUAUUCAUUUGCUUCCCCCUCCCUCCGUGAAAUCAACGGUCUGCUAAACCCAGGGGUUUGAGUUCAAUCUUUGGAGGGGCCAUUCUGUGUGACAGUUGUUUUGUUUCUUCCUGAUGCACAGCCAC